CUAAGACACUAUAAACGUAAUUAAUUUCAUGGCAGUUACUCCUGUUUCCAGCUGUGUGUUGAUACGUUAGCAAUUAGCAGGUGUAACUCAAGCGCUUCAGAGUGGGGCCUGGAAGUCAAAGUGACAUUUCAGCCACCCAGGCAGCGCAGCCCAAAGUUCAGAUCUCUCUCCCGCAGCCCAUGUGCCUCCCCCAGCUCCCGGGGCUGCCACGUUCCCGGUCCGCUCUGUGCGGGCUCGCCGUACGUGAAGCUGUGUGGCUCGCCGUGUCGCAGGCAGUCUCUGGCCAGCCGUAAAGCGGAAGGCUGGGUCCUUGCAGGGAGCCUUUUUUUUAAAGCCUGGUGUCAAGCUGCAUUACAGCUAUGGGCACGGACUGCUGGAGCACUGAAAAACAGCUCGAUUCUGAGCGACGGGGCCUGAAGAUGCAGCGUGAAACAGAAACCCUGAAGUGUAACUUGUAAUUCUCCAAAUGGCAGACCCGCAACCCCAAACAGGAUAUUUAUAGGCUUGGUGAAAGUACUGCCCCAAGGCACAGUGUUGGAGGCCCUAAUUACUUACAAACAAAGCAGCCUUCCCUCACAGUGAGCCUGGUAACUAUGGUCUUGCUGUGUCGUUGUGUGGGCUGUAUCUCCCCCCUGUGAGAGAGGCUCAGUACUGCCCCCUGUUGGUGGGGACCAGUAUAGCUCUCUGUUGUUGUAACCUCGGUGUCCGUGGAGAUCUGUACUGCCCCCUGUUGGUGGGGAACAGCGCAGCCCUUUUUCGGUGUGCCCUCACUGUUGCUGCGGAUCACCCAGUUGGAGUGGCUCUGUAACACCCCCUGCCAGUGUGACUCUGUACCUCUCCCUGUCACGGCAGCUGUACGGGGCACCCCCAAUCGCUGUGACCCCCCCCCCCUGUUGUUGUGACUGUAUCACCACCUGUCGAUGUGACUCUGUACUGCCCCCUGUCAGUGUGACUCUGAACUGCCCCCUGUUGGUGUGACCUUGCCACUCCCCCUCCAUCAGUGUGGCUCCGUACUUCCAUUGGUGUGACUCUGUACCGUCCUCCAUCAGUGUGACUUUGCUGUGCCCUCCCAGCGGUGUGGCUCCGCAUUGGCCCCCGUCGGUGUGGCUUUGCGGCGCCUCCUGCUGGAACACCCUCUCCGCCGGUGUCCCCCGCCCCCGUGCUCCGCCUGAAUGCUCCCUCUCAGCGGAGCCGCGCUGAAAGCAGCCUCUGUUCACUCACACAUACUUUCCCAUUGACCGCAGCCCUUUGAUUACGUUCAUGCAGAGAGCCGCUUUCUUCUCCUCUUGUUAAAGUGCCGCAUUAAUGGUCAGGCAUUUCAGAUCCUUUCCUCAGGGGAAGAAUACCUUCAGAUGGCACUUUGAACAGCUGCUGUUUAUUAUUACGCAACAUUACGUAAGCUUUCACACGACCCUUCUUUACCGCAGGGAGAAAGGGCCUGUGUGCAUCUACCUGGCCCCAGCGUAUUGCCGACUCCCUCAAAACGGUCCUCUCCCAUGAUCCAAAUCGGUUCCUAUUAAUCUGUCUUCCAAGUUUCCAGCUACUUUCAUGCCCCACGACCAGCAGACGUUUCUGCAUAUGAAACGUCUUACAGAUUUUUCAGGCUCAAGUGUGCAUUAAAAUGUGGAACCCAUUAUGCACUUGAGCCGUUUGAUCCGCGGCUCCCAAAACUUGACACGGGAUUUCGCGUCACCUGACAGGAAAUCUGAACACAACUAGACCAGCCACACAAUUCAUGCAGGGAAACCAAAUGUGUUUUUUUUUUUAUUUAUUUAUUGGAUUUAUUGAAAGGAGAUGGUGGGAGACUUAGGAGACUUUUUAAAUACACAAAGAAGACAUUAACAAAAACAGUGUUAUUAAUAACAGAGAGGGAAUAUUCAGUGCUUAGAUCUGUGUGUGGGUGUUGUCACAGGAUAAGGCGUGUGCUCCGGACCAGUGUGCCCAGCAAUAUCAGCCUGGGAAACAUAACGUCACACAGCUGAUUAGAUGCUUCUCGACAGGCAGGGGACGCCGCGCACGGAGCCCUGGACACGUUCCUCUCAGACAUUCCCUCUGCCAGCUGUUUGUGUGGUUUGUGGGGGACGCGGAACUCCGGUUUCUGAAAAUUGGCUGAUGAAGUGAUGAAUGUGCAGGGACGAGAAAACAUGAGAGGAACUGAGAAAGCUGUCUGCUGAGCACCGAUGGUUAUCUGUCACUGUGAGCCUCCUGCGUCUCUCCUGCGCUGGGAGGCGUUUAACACUGCUGGCAGCGUGUGUUUAGCUGCGCCCCCCCUUGCGUUCUGGUGUUAGUGUGGAUGCUGACGAAGUUAAUAGGGUAGGUGACGGCGUUGUGACUCUGUGGGUCAGAAUGCUGCGCUCUGCAUCUCACGAGUUCAGUUCCCAGGGUCAGCAGAGUGAUUUCACCAUUGGGGCCUGGAGCUUCCGGUCAGAAAUGUACGUCGCUUUUGAUAACAGCAUCUGCUAAAUAAAAAUAAUGUAAAAAAAACGAGCCGCAUGCCAGCAAUGCUGGUGUAUCUCACCCCAGACAGUUACGCCCAUCACCUGCCUUUGGAGGGCGCUCUGAGACCCUCUGUGUGAAUCAGGCCUUCUCAUUCAUAUCCAGAGCUGUAGCUUAGCACCUCGGCUCACCGGGCUCCCAGAUUUCGUGAGCGAAGGAUGGGACUCGGACAGCAGGAACAUGCCAGAGACAAUCCCACAUUGCAGUGACGUGUGCCGGAUGGCAUCGGGUGCCCACCUGGGAAACUCCACUCUCUUGGCUGCAGGGCACUAGGGCGCCCCCUCCUGUCAUGAGUCGGUAUUACAUCUACCAUCCACGUGUAAAUGUAUCACACGUGAGUGCACCUUCUCUCGCUGGCUGUGGGUGCAGCUUAGCAGGGUGAGUAACACACUCUGGGCCGCGCUGUUAAUGGGGCUGCAGAAGGACCUGUAACCUGCCGCUUUUCCUGUUAUCUGACCACUGUCAGUAGGAGCUAUGUAUGAGUCCUUACCAUAUAUGGUGGGGGAAAUGAUCUCAGGCAGUGAAAGAGAAUGAUGUUUAAAUGAUCUUCAUGUUGGUGUAACUAUGAUAUGUAUGUCAAAGUGUAUUAGCCUAGCCAAUUCAAAACCUCUGCAAAAGUCACAUCAGUAUUUGUGGCAACCAUCCAAUAUACCUGUGUAUUUUUUCAUUUAACCACUGCCCCACUUUGUUUGGCUAAUCAAUACCCCAUUGAGUUAGUUAAAUAACUAAUCAAUUAGUUAGGUGCCCCUGAGGAGAGGUUUGGAAACCAAAGUGGUUUUCAUCUAUUCAUCCAACAAGAUAUCAUUGACUUCCUGUUACUUGAAUUAAGUAACAGGACACACAUAUUCUCUGACGGUCUAAAACUUUUGCACAAAAGUUUAUAUCCAUCCAUCCUUUAAUUGGUUAUCUAGUCAUGGUCACAUGGUGGCCUGGAGCCAAUCCCAGGGAACACAGGGCUCUAAUUGAUGUGUUGAGAUCCUUAUUAUGCAAUCCAGACAUGACCAAUCCCAUGGUUACUGUUAAAUGAAAGUACAAUGAACACUGACACUAACUGUUCAUGGGGCAGCACUCAGUUCUGGUCGUCCCCCCCUUUUCCCCCGCCUCCCUUGAAGCAGUGUGGGCUUCAGCUUAUAAGACCUGACAUCACCAAAGGUGAAAGGGGAGCUGCUCUGUUACAUGCUGCCCUCUGCUGGACAGCAUGGAUCAUGUUGGAUGGAGAGCUUUCUGAGAUCAUGCCAGCGUUUGCUUUUCAGGAUGUUUAUGCUGGAAGAGGAAAACAGAUAAUUAGUGCCCGUUAGCAUAGUUACAGUCAAACUGGCGAUAAGAGCUCAGUUUGGGUGGGGCUCUGUACCAGCUUAUCUGCCCAGCAGAACGCUGUCCCAGUGGAUUUUGGGAAGUCCUGCCGCUCGAUGCUGUUGUGGCUUUAUGUUUCCUUUCCUCUAUUUUCUCCCUUCUGAUGCCUCCAAGCUUCCCUUUUCCUGUAAGUCGCUCCUGCGGACGGCUGUAUGGUUUGUACAGGAAAUUUGACAUUUUUUUUCUCUCCCAUGCUCCCCGGAGUCCCGCGGACCAGGAUCUGAUCGACUCGUUCGCCUCGGAGAUUGGAGAGCUGAAGCAGGAGAUGGUGCAGACGGCCCAGCCCACGGGCAGGCACUCCGGCGCCGACCUCCUGGAAGGGCUGGAGGGGGAGGUGAGCGGCGUCUAUCUGCAGUCCCAUCCGGGGGCUACAAGUGGCGCCAGAGACUCGGGCUACGACUCCCUGCGGCGCCGCAUGAGCGUGCUGGACAGGCUGGCUCACACACACGCCGCGUGGCUGCUGCUGUCGCUCAGCGACGAGGAGGCCGGCCGCAUCCUGCAGCAGCAGCCCUGUGGGACGUUCCUCGUGAGAAAGUCGGCACGGCUGCAGAGGAAGGUGCUGUCCCUGCGCGUGGACGACGUGGCGCCCGGAGCCGUCAGCGACUUCCCCAUCAGGGAGAGCCAGUAUACUUUCUCUCUGGAGGGAUCCGGGAUCAGCUUCGCCGACCUGUUCCGCCUGGUGGCCUUCUACUGCAUCAGCAGGGAUGUCCUGCCAUUCACCCUGAGGCUUCCCGAGGCCAUCGCCACGGCCAAGACCCAGACUGACCUGGAGCAAGUGGCCCAGCUAGGGGCAGGAUUCUGGGAGUCCUCACUGUGCCGCAGGAAGGAUCCCUCCGUCUCACCCUCUCGCGGGUCACAGGUUAAACCCCCGCAGCCUCCAGGGGACCCGGGGCCUCACCUGAGUCUGCGCACGAGGGCCCCGUCGCAGCUGGAGCGCGGACAGUCAAACGGGGCACUCUGCUUCGUCAACCCGCUCUUCCUGCAGGCGCACCGCCUCGAGGGAGCUUCACCUCCGGAUCCCAAAUCGCUCCCCUGUGGGCCUGCCCUCCGUACGCCCCCGCCACGGCCCCCACCCCCACGCUCGCUGCCCCGUCGGCCCGCACCUCCGCCGCAGAAACAGAGGAGCAUGCCGGAGACGGCGGCCUGGACGUGCCCGCAGCCACAGCCACCGCCAUCCGUGCGCCGGGGCAUCAUGGGGGCCAAGCUCAGUGGCCUGACCUUCUCCACGCCCAAACGUAGCAGUGCCCCCAUCCCCGUGCCCCCGCCCCGCCUGAAGAAGCAGUACAGCAUGUCUGACGCCGAUGGCCUGCGAUGCCAGAUCGCGCUGGAUGAGCGCACCAUCGAGAAGGCUCUGUCUCAACGUCGCCCACCCGCCCCGACUGCCGAGAGCCCUAGCCCCCCUGCUGUGCCUGGCGCAUGCCCAGACGCCCGGCGUCGCAGCAGGGGAGAGCCCGGCCAGCGGCUGAGUGAUGUCAGCAUCUCCACGUCCUCCUCUGAUUCCCUGGAAUACUCCCACAGCUACUCCCUGUCAGGGCCAAGCCCCCCCUCCGGCGACGGGCCAGCAGGCGACAGCAGCGAGGAGGAGGACGACGACAUGGAGGAGGAAGAGGAGGACUAUGGCAUGAGCGUGGAGAGCGACCAGGAGGUCAGCGUGCCGCUGCCGUUCAAGUCCAAGAAGCUGCACGUGGGCGGCACGUUCGUGCUGCGACGGGCGCUGAAGGGCCGCCUGCGCAAGGUCAGCGGCGUCUUCAACUCGUUCAUGACGCCGGAGCGGCGGGCGGUGCGGCGCAUCGCGGAGCUGGCCCGUGACAAGGGCGCCUACUUCGGCUGCCUGGUGCAAGACUAUGUCAGCUUCCUGCAGGAGAACCGUGGUAGCCACACGUCGGGCCUUGACCUGCUGCAGACGCUACGUCAGUUCAUGACUCAGAUGAAGGCCUACCUGCGGCAGAGCUCUGAGCUGGACCCCCCCAUCGAGUCACUGAUCCCCGAAGACCAGAUCGACCAGGUGCUGGAGAAGGCCAUGCACAAGUGCGUGCUGAAGCCGCUGAGGAGCGUGGUGGAGACGGCCCUGAUGGACUUCCAGGUGACCAGCGGCGCCUGGCAGCAGCUGCGGGAGAACCUGGCGCUGGCCAAGGCCAAGCAGCCUCAGGAGCUGGGCGUGGACUGCACCUACCCCCCCGACCCGGUGGCCGUCGAGAAGAUCCGCCACAAGUUCCACAACAUGCGCAAGAUGUACUCACCUGAGAAGAAGGUGGCAUUGCUGCUGCGAGUGUGCAAGCUCAUCUACACCAUCAUGGAGGACAACUCGGGGAGGAAGUUCGGUGCCGACGACUUCCUGCCCAUGCUGACCUACGUCCUGGCCCAGUGCGACAUGCCCCAACUGGACCUGGAGAUCCAGUACAUGAUGGAGCUGCUUGACCCCUCCCUGUUGCACGGCGAAGGCGGCUACUACCUGACCAGUGCCUACGGAGCCAUGUCCCUCAUCAAGAACUUCCAGGAGGAACAAGCCGCCAGGGUGCUGAGCUCAGAGGCACGCAACACGCUGCACCAGUGGCACCGCCGCCGGACCGCCCAGCGCACCGUGCCCUCGGUGGAUGACUUCCAGAACUACCUUCGCGUGGCCCUGCAGGAGGCGGACAGCGGCUGCACGGCCAAGACCCUGCUGGUGCACCCCUACUCCACCACCGAUGAGGUGUGUGUGCUGUGCUCCCAGAAGUUCAGCGUGCAGGACCCGGAGAGCUACGCCCUGUUCCUGCUCAUCGGGGAGACCAGCCAGCAGCUAGCCCCAGACACCUACCCCCAGCGCAUCAAGGCGGAGAUCCACAGCCGCCCUCAGCCCCAGCCGUUCCACUUUGUGUACAGGAAGGUGCCUAACCUCAACUUGUGUGGACCCACCGACCAGCAGAACGGCAACUGUCUCUCCGAUUGAACUCAGGGAGGCUGUUCCAGGCUCACAUCAUGGCUGUUCCAGGCUCACAUCAUGGCUGUUCCAGGCUCACAUCAUGGCUGUUCCAGGCUCACAUCAUGGCUGUUCCAAGCUCACAUCAUGGCUGUUCCAGGCUCACAUCAUGGCUGCCCCUUCACGUAGGACUGGAGCCGUCUAACCCAAGCAGCUACCCGCUUUCUAUGACAGUGGAAGCCUCCCGUCUUGUCGGGUGAAAGACAAAACGACUCCGACCUCCGAAUUUCACAUCAGAGUGACACAGCUGGGGGGUGGACAGUACCUUACAGUUCCUGUCCCUGGCAGAGAACUCUCAGCUUUAACAAGGCCGACAUACAGGGGGCGCUGUAGCUCCCAUGCCAUAACCUUCUCUUCACUCCGUACAUCUCCCUGACUUAUACGACUGCUCACAUGAUGACGCAGGAACAUCGAAGAUGACGGAUCUCUUUUUGUUCAGUUUCAUCGCAGUGACGGCUGAGAUCAUGCUGGAGCCCAGGAUGUGCUGCAGUAACUGUAUCAGUACGGGCAUCGUCCUGUGUGUGAGGAUUCCUCUCUGACUGCUACACAUGCCUCUUGCCCACAGAUACGUACUUAUGCAUUUACAUAUUAAAUAUGCAGUAAAUAUAUUUUUAUUUAGAAAAAAAGAUUUCCGAUUUAAUAGUUUUUCUUGCGCUGCAGUUGCUGGUAAACUGUGGUUUGUUGUUGGUAUAUGGUCUUUAUUUUUGGUAAUUUUGAUAUUUUGACCACACUUUUUAUAAAUGUUUCAUGCCAGGCUGUUCUGACGGCGACCAGGAAGGCUCCUAAUGUUUGACUCUAUGCCAGUGAUCAGCACCACGAAACAUGAUUCACUUUGUAAUUCAGCAUCUCGCUUCGAUACAGACACAUCCAUUCAUGCACCUUCUAACUUGGGACUGGGGUACACCAUGGACAGGGUGCCAGUCCAGCAUACACAUACUGAUGGAUGAAGAAGUAACAAGUUAAAAUGACUAAAGAAGCCACGUGAUUGGUCAGAUUUGUGUCAUGCACUUAAGAAGUCAAAUGAUUGGUCAAAUUAUGGUGUCGGUAAACUACUGACGAGUACCAGAUACCUUCAGCACGUCCCUUGUUCCUCAUGCCUGGUCUUAACAGAAGACCUAUGCAGUCAAAGUGGUACAUAUGUACACCAUGUAUACAGUGCUGUACACACCAGAGUCGUUUUUAUUCAGCCUUAACUCUUAAUGCCUUAAUUUCUUUAUAAAUGAUUAUAAAUGCAGUAGCUGUGAUGGUUAUUAGUAACAUUGCUCAGUGUGUAGGUUCCUACAAGGAAAGAGCAUGUCACACAUAAAAAUGUUAGACCACAUCCAUGGGUUAAAAAAAUGUAGAGAGUGGCUGGCAUCACCUGCAGUGUCCGUUGCCAAAGAUGUGGUACUAGAAAUGUCUUCUGUUUGCCAGGGGAUUUGAAAACAAAAGAACUGUGUUAAGUGUAAGUUGGAGAAGAGAAAUGUGCAGGGCUUCGAGGGAGGAGAUCAGGAUAAUUAAUAAUGCAAAACGUAGUGGAUGCUUUUUAUUGCUUUCAGCUGCUUUUCUGGUUUUACACGUUUUGAGUCUGUUUGAUGUCAGGGACCAGCAAUAUGGGGAUGAUUUUUAUGUCAUAUCUAUCUGUGGAAUUUAAAUCUGAUGAUGUACGGCAUCUAAAUCGUAUUGCUCUUGUAAUCCGCAAGACAGAAGACAAAUUAAAAAAGAACUUACAGGCACUAAUCUUUAGCAGAAUCUGUUGCUGCCCCAGGCAGAUGGUGUAGUGAUCAUUUUGACUUUUUUUUUUUUUUUUAGCUUAUAAAAAUCCUGAGAAAUGUAUCAGAGACCCGAAGGUUAUUAAUACAGUAAAGUGGAAUGUUAGGUGGGGCACAAACACAAAGGUUAUGAAACACUAAAUGUCUGGAUUUGGUGUGACUAUUAGGUGUAUGAUCAUUUUAAAGCAUUAUUUUAGAUUUGUACUGUAACUGUCUUUUAAAAAAUGAUUAAAAUAUAGCUGGUAAUUGUAUUUAUAUAUAUAUAGUCUGUGCUGGAAUUUUCACAGAUAACUUUGCCCUUUAUAGCCCUCAUUUACUUGUUUCGUUUUGUCUUCUGGAAAUGACAAGACAUGUAGAAUAAGUAUCCAGGCCCAUGUCACCGGUACCUCGUGUGUAAACUAUAUUUUGCACACAAUAAAUUCUGGUGAUUUGGUAGAAUAA